CUCCUCUUUAUUAAAAACAGACGGUUCCUGGCGUUGUGGAAAUGAUCAAAGUGAUCACAAGAAAAAAAUCGGAAAGAAUUGCUAAAUUUGCCUUUGACUACGCAACGAUGCAGGGAAGAAAGAAAGUUACAGCUAUACACAAAGCUAACAUUAUGUACGUCUAUAAAAGUUGAGUUUGAAGCUACGGAAUAACGGAUGUGGACCCCACAAUGAGUGUAGGCAGUAAACAUAAUCUGGGUUAUAUGUACCUGGUCAGGGGCCAUUAAAGUGGGGACCGCUGGGAUCGAUGGUCGCAGGCACAUUUCAGAAACAACUUUCUUGCAGGCACAUUUUUUUUUAAAAAUUUUUGAAAUCAGAAGUCAUAAAAUAAAUUUUAUAAUUCUUAUUUUAUUAUGUAUUUUACUAUCUGUUACUAUUAGUCUAUUAAAAUCUUUGUUAAUAGGGACACUGACAAGUUAAAAUUGUCUAGAGGACAACUACCAGUGUACGGUGCACAUGCAUGAUUGUGAGUCUGCGCUUAAAAUUCUCGAUUUCGUGGGCCAAAAAUAUAUAAAGCUAUCUCAUGAGCCAGCCUACUAAUCGGCAUCUAUAGUAAUUCAUGGCUGAUGGCUCAUCACGUCGUGAUUUUGCAUGCAUAUAAAGACAUUUUGCAGGCACAGUUUCAAAUAAUCUUUGCGGUCGCAGACACGCAAAAAUGUUAACGACCCCUGUACCUGGUUAUACCAACUAUGCUUCAAAAGCUAUAAAACUAUGGACUCAGAUCUCGCAAUUACCAAAAACAAACUUUAAUUUAUAAAUACUACAGUUUUUAUACCAAUCUGUUUAUACCAAUCAACGGGCAGUUCUAGAAAGCUUGAAAAAUUCACUUAUCCAGUGGAUAAUGUAUCCGGACUUUAUACAACAUACCCAAAUAGAUUUUUUCAUUGUAUACGAUAUUUUAAAGAUGCUGCAUUAUGCGUUAUUGUAUUUUACAGGAAACUUGCUGAUGGGAUGUUUCUGAACACAUGCGAAGAAGUAUCAAAACUUUACCCAAAAAUUCAGUUUCAAGGAAUGAUUGUUGACAAUGCCUGCAUGCAAGUAUGUUACUGGUGGUAAUAGCUAUUUCUUCCCACGCUUCGUUUACACAUUUCUACGAUUUUUCAGCUGUGGAGUGCAGGGCGCUUAUAUAUAUAAGCGCCCUGGUGGAGUGUGUUGACACUCCGCAUCAUCAUUCAUUAGACAGAGUAACUACAGUACGUGAUUUAGGGUACUCAUUAGGAUAUAGUUCUUUACGGGAAUGUACGUUUUACUUUAGAUGGUUUCCAACCCUCAACAGUUUGAUGUUCUUGUUGUUCCUAACCUUUACGGCAAUAUUAUUGGUAAUGUUGCUGCCGGACUAGUUGGCGGUGCAGGAGUUGUCCCGGGCAAGAGUAUUGGCAGUCAGUUCGCUAUUUUUGAACCGGUGAGUAUCAGCUGAGUCUUUGGAUAAAGUAAAUUAGUUUCCAAAAUGUCCUUGAAUUCUUGCACUAUACCUGAUUACCUUACACACUUUUCUUUACCUUUAGUGGGCGUAAAUGCUUUCCUCCUAUAGUAAGACUGCACCAAAAGGAAUGACCCUUACUGGAUCUCUGGGGAAAACACUUUAGAAUUGUUUAUGUUUUCUUUCAAGGGUGCAAGACAUACAUACGCUCAAAUGGCGGGAAGAAAUGUGGCCAAUCCUACAGCUAUGUUACUUUCAGGCGCGGAUAUGUUGGAUCACAUCAAGUAUGUUCAUAUACUGUAUUGAGAUUUCGGAGUAAAAGUUUCUCGCCUUUCAGGGAAGGCAUAGCUGAAGGAAAAGUCAGAAGAUAAGUUGUUAGACCAACAAUGUCCGAUGAAAAUUUUGAAUUCAAACUUGAUUCGACCAGGGAUCGAUCAAGCUAGAUCUCGGAGGAGGGGAAGUGCUCGUCGAACUUUGGUCAUGGUUUAGAUUGAGACCGUUGACCAAGUGCGCAGUGGAAGGAACUACGGCAACAAGGCAGUAGUACUGUAUGUUGUCUUUUGCUCGACUGCCUUGACAAUUUCACAAUCAUCUGAAUCAUGCUACUAAUCUCAUUUUGUCUUUAUGUAUUUUUGUUUUCGCAAUUGCCUUUCUAAAUCCAAAAAUGGAGUUGAUACAGCCAGGGAAUCCUUCCCUGGAGCCAACAUUACGUACCAACAAUGUUGCAUUGUUGUAUUUGGACCAUAGUGGUUGGACAAACAUCAGCAACAUGCUGUACUAGUUAAUUAAAUAUGCCUUCAGUGCACUGUGAAGAUUUGAGAGGUUUUGAUAAAUCACAUGUUGUUAUCUUGCAGCCUAAAAGUUCACGCAAGAACUGUGCGCUCUGCUGUUGAAAGAACUAUUAGUACUGGAAAGGUAAAUUUCAAUGGUUUAACAAAGUAUAAAUUAGUAUACAUCUUAUCCAAUAUGUACACAUCUCAACCGGAGCCAAACUUCGAUAAGAUAAGAUCUUCGAAGAUUAUGUGCGAUCUUGUAAGAUGCAUUGCAUGCCAACAUCUUCAACCUGGAUUGUCGGUAAUAUAAUCUAAGCUGUCACUAUGUACUGGAUGGGAAAACUAUAUGAUUUGAACUUUGAAACUUUUGCUAGCUUUUCAAGAUGCGUAAAGGUCAUUUGCCAUUUCGGUCGCCGUCCCCGCACAGGACGAGCGAACAUUUUUGAACAUGCGCUGUAGCUGUCCAGCUAGCCUGAAUUUCAGACGUCCACUCGUUUCAAUGUCCUAGGGCUACUGUCCAGCUUGACAGUGUCCAAUCUGCUUUUGCCCUCGCCUGCACGCCAUGAAAGUUGAACCACCGAAUUGAACUACUAAAAAUGGUCUUAUUUGUAAAAGUCUAGAGACCGUGAAUCCUGAUAUAUGUGUUAUGAUAAUUUUUCAGUGUUUAACGAUGGACAUGGGAGGCAGUGCAAGUACCUCCGAUUUCGUACAAGCCGUGAUUGCAAAUAUCUACUGAAGACAGAAAGCGAUGCCUCGCCAAACCUUACCCCAAGUGAGAAAUCGUCUAGAGCAAUGGAACUACCAGGGCCACCGAUGCGUUGUGCUUAAAGAUGUAAUUUUGACAGUAUUUUAGUGCAGGCACAGGGAACGCAGGCUAAGCUAGAUUGUGAGAAACAAAUGGAAGAAUGUCAAUAUAAAAUAUAAAUUUAGCAGUAAAAUGAUGUAAUAUAAUAAUUUUAUUGUACUACCGAAAUGUGAAUAAAAUUCAUAAUAACCAUAAUUGUAAUUUACUUGAGAAUAACAAAGUACACAAAGAGUUAGAGUUAGCCUUCCCUCGGUUUAUUCGUCAUUUUGGGGGUACUGGCGCUCCCUUCAUUUUUAUAACUGUACUUGUGUGUACAGAGGAUUUAAAUUUUCAAAUUGUAAAUUUUCAAAUUUCAGGGCGUGUACCAGCCAAUUACCAGAAUACCCAAAUGCACAGUUUCAGUUGCCAGCACGGUUAAUAGACCUAGGUCUAUUAACCCAUUAAGCUGCAGAGCUUCCCCAUUGACGAGUAAAAUCGUCUGGUGUUGGACAAGCAAAAAAAAGUAGGGCGCACUGGGGCUAAAUGGGUUAACUAGAGACAUUGUCAGAUUUCUUGGUUAACCAUUAAUCUGCAGAGCUUCCCCAUUGACGAGUAAAAUCGUCUGGUGUUGGGCAAGUAAAAAAAAAGUGGGGCGCAUUGCGGCUCAAUGGGUUAACCGUGUUGCCAGCAAUAAACUAUGCUGUGGUUGUUCUAUGUGACACGACCAAAUACAAGGUCGACAUAUUCUCACACAGUGUGUCAUCUUGACAUUACAAUGACUUAUUAUAGAGACUCUUAGGACAUUUAAAGAUUAAAGCUAUGUACACAUGCACAUACUAACAUAAAAGUAUCACGGAAUUGCCAAUUUCCACAAACUAGAUUUUACACGCUUUCUUACGAAAUAGAAGCAAAUUAUGUCAGUUGUAAGUGGCAACAAUCUAUUUUAUGAACCUGCAGGGUUUUAUAUAAAUAAUCAAGCCGCGUUCUUUUUUAUUUUACCGUGUUUUUUUUUUCAGUUUUGGCCGUUGUAACACGGCCUCCUAGCAAAGAACCCGUGUGCAUGUAUAAUGUAAAUUUACAGUUAGUAAAUUGUUAAUAAUAAACUGUUGAGUUCUGUUAAAAGGCAUGGUAUUUACUUGGACAUUUGAGAAUUAAGAACAGUCAUGGUGAUACUAUACUCUAUAGACAAAGUUUUGUUAAUUAGCCUUUUUCAAGUGGGCGUAUCCACCAUUUGGGGGUACUGCCUCUCCCAAGUUCUGAGAGAGUGAGCACCGAAAUGCGACUUUACUUUAUGUGCAGUGACGACUUUGGAAGACUCCAAAGAGAGUAAAUCCAUUUACCAAGUAAAUUCCGAGUUAAACGUCCGAGUCACGUAAAAAAAGACAAAGUUAAAUAAAAUUCACAAUCGACUAGGAGUAGGGUACGAAGUCAUUGAACUAUAAAGACCUCUAAACAGUUACUCGGACUUGACUCGGUUAACCGAGAAACUCGACUGUAGUACCCUCAAAAUGGCGGAUAGAUAUGGGCCCAUAGAGAUUAUAAAUAACACUAGAGGAGGUAUCGCAAUCUUGACAUCAGGCAAAAAAAAGGAAUGCGGCUAUUGGGGGGCAAAUUCAAGUCCCGGAUGUGCACUCAUGUUUCUAUUGGUGAGGAGUUUCAAUUUAGCCAAUGAGAGCAUGAUUUUAUAUCCGGGACCUAAAUUUGCCCCCCAUUAGCCGCGUUCCCAAAUUUUAAUCUCGAUGCCUCCUCUAGUGUUAUUUAUAAUUUCUAUGUAUGGGGAGGUUAAUUGACAUAUUUUUAGUUCAACUUUUAAAUUUAAGACUCACUAUCUUAAUAAUUACAUUUAAAUUUAAUAAUUAGCUUUUAUACACAACAAAAUAUCCUAGGGUAUGCUUGUUAAAAUUCAUAGUUUACAUAAUUAAUACAUUAAAUGUUUUGUCAUCGACGUUGUUUUAGCUUGCAAAUGACGGUACACUUUUGCCAGUUUAGCGCACGUGUAGAUCUCAUGAUAAUUGGAUAACAUGAGAUUUGGGUGAAUUAUUUUCAAAAUAGGGAUCCCUCUUGUAUAUCGUUUUCAUUUUUUAACAUCUUUUAACGUCUUUGAUACAAAUUCUAAGCCCUCCUAAAACGGAAAA